ACAUAUGUACCCGUGCCCAGAUCUAGCUAUCCCACGCACACACGUUACGGCUGGCUUGCCAGAGGGUUCGACCGAAACGGAAAGCUGACUCACGUGGCGCGCCAUACCAGACGCUAUAAGUCUAGGAGGAACAGCUCCAGGCCAUGGCACUCCUUCAAUCCAUGGACUUGGAGCAGCAAGGCAGUGUCAUAGCAGCACAUACCACAUCAUCACAGGAACAAGGAGCAGCUCUCGCCCAGCAGCAAGAACAACGGCAAGAACAGCAAAAGCAGGAGCAGGAGCGGGAUUCCCCCAUCCGGCGAGCCGGCACUCCCUGCCCCGCAGCGCUGCGAUGGCGGCGGCAGCAACAAGACGGCAGCAUUGGAAGAUUGAUUUUGCUACCAGACCGGGCCGAGACGAGCCGCCGGUUCAUCCCGUUGGAGCCAGGGACAACAACAGUCGUGGGGAGAUGCAAAAAGUCGGGCAUCAGGGACCAUCACGUCAGUCGUCGACACGUGGAGAUCACCGCGCCGGAGGAGGGGGAUGAAGGAUUCGCACAAGGGCACUGCCGCAUCAAGUACAUCGGGCGUAACUGCCGCGUCGUGUUGAUCGGUGGAAUUUUGCUGAAGUCGGGGCAAGAAGUUCCGGCCGCCCCUGGCACGAGAGUUGUCCUCAACUACAAUAAUAAGGGCCUCCCACGCUACUCGUACACGCUCCUCCCCGCGAACAACCUGCCCGCAACGACGCCAAGGACAGCACACUGCUCAGUGGGAAUGGGCGCGGCGGGAGCGGGCGAUGGCCGUCCUUGGCGAGGCGGACCUGUCUCGUCUUCUCACCGCUUGGGUGAUAGUGAUAUGGAAAUGGGGUCCGGGCGUAAACAACCAUUUCAUGGCGAUGCCCACCUCCAUGCCUACAACCGUCCUUCUCGAUACUCCACGAUCGCAUCGAAGCAGCAGCGUCCACGACCAGGGGGGCGGUUUCGCAAGGAGGCUCAGGAGAAGCUCCAGAAAGAGCGAGACGAGAUUUUCAGCAAGUUUGCGGACCUCAAGUUCUUGUAACGCUUAAGUAUAGUUUUCCCAUUGUGUUUGGUUACAUGGGUGCGCUGCUGUGGGAUGGGCAGGUCUUGGUCCGAUUGUUGUGUGCUUUUUUUUCGUUGAAUGAAUGGAUAAGAGCGAUGGUGGCCGGUGGCGGGCUUGCAGAUGCGGUAGACGCGACGGUGAACGCCAGCGGACGGCGUUGAUGGUGUGAGAGAGGGUGAUACCCUGUAUGGGAAAGACGAUACUAUAUAUUGGACCGCAGCCGUGUUGGUUCUUCCGCCAUCGCGGCAAUGUUUAGUAGGAGGGCCGUCGAGGGAAGGAGCAGCUCAGCGGUGGGAUGCACAGGACGGCCACGUUGCCGUCUUGAAUCAAAAACAAGAGAGUCAAAAUGCAUCUGGCUUGUUGCACCCCCAGUACGGUAUGGCAACGACAUGAUCCGUUCGUUUCGGAGAGGAGCCAAGACACGGAGAGAAGAAAUCUCAACCUCAGUUUUUCUUCAACCCAACGCGUAUGAUGAGAAACCUUCGACAUGAUAGUGUGUUUUCAUCGUUUGUGGCAAGGCGCCGGCCACAUGUAGCACUCAGCAAACAACGCAAGCGUAUGUGGCCGGGUGCUGCGCACCUAGGGGUAGUUGCGGCGGUAGUUUGUUGUUGCUUUCAUGAGAUUCCGCGAGACUCC